GCUGGAGGGACUCCAUGGAAACGGCCCACUAGCGUGCGUGCCUGAUAGAAAAGAGCGUUCAUUGAUAGCUAGCUAACGUAAAAUCAGAGAUUCUAUCAACGCGGAUCUACCCGAACAUAUUUCUCACCGUGUGCCUUCAAUGAUGAUGAGCCGUACGCCUGACGCGAGCGCGAGGGAUAACCAGACAAGGAGGAUCCAAGAGAACAUCACCAAUGUGGAGAAACAUUUUGGACAAAUGUGCCAACUCUUUGCUGCCUAUGUCAGUAAGACAGCCAAGGUACGAGACAAGGCAGACCUUCUGGUCCGGGAAAUCAGCCUGUAUGCAGACACCGAAACACCAAGCCUUAAGAGGGGGAUGAAGCAGUAUGCUGACCAUCUGGCCAAGAUUCAAGAUUAUCGUCAAGCUCAGGUGGAACGACUUGAAUCUAAAAUCAUAGAGCCAUUAAAAAGCUAUGGAGCUGUAGUGAAACGGAAAAGGGAGGAUCUGAAGACUACUCAGAGUGCCAGAGACAGAGAAGCCAAACAGAUGGCUCAGCUCGAGAGGACCAGGCAGAGAAACCCCUCAGACAGGCAGAUCAUUUCUCAGGCUGAGAGUGAACUCCAGAGAGCCACCAUGGAUGCCACACGGACCACGAAGCAGCUGGAGGAGACCAUCGAUGAGUUUGAGAGGCAGAAGAUCCAAGACAUCAAGAAAAUCUUUUGUGAGUUUGUGACAGUGGAAAUGUCAUUCCACGCCAAGGCUUUGGAGGUGUACACCCUGGCCUACCAAAGCAUUCAAAGUGUGGACGAGGAGGAGGACUUGGAGGUGUUCAGGAGUUCUCUCCACCCCCCCGACUACCAGUCACGCUUAGACAUAGUGCGAGCUAAUUCCAAAACUUCCCUUGAUCGGACCGGGUCCUUCCUGAACUCAACAGGGACAUUACAGCAACAAAGAGCUGGUAGUCGUCACACGAGAAAAGAGGAGGAGGAGGAAGAGGAGGAUGAAGAUGAAUCUGAAGAGGAUGUUGACGAGGAUGAAGACGACACAGAUGAUGAAAAUUAAAUACUCAAAUUGUUUGGUUAUGAUUUUAUGAUAACAGAAAGAUCAAAAGGCAAUUUAUAAAUGAAAAGCAGCCUCAUUGCCAAAACCACAUCACACAUCUGCUCUGAGCAGUAUUGCAGUGGUAGUGUUGCAGCGCCGUGAUGCUUUCUAAAAGAUCUACAAUUUGUAAUCCAGGCUCCUGUUGUCUUAGCUAGACUUUUAUAUAACACAGAAUAAAAUGUGCAUUAUUGGUCGC